ACAGCGAGCAGCCACGCCGUUACAUCCGAGACACCAAGACCGUUCCAUCGAGCAACCAUGAGGGAGAUUGUGCACAUCCAGGCCGGCCAGUGCGGUAACCAGAUCGGUGCCAAGUUCUGGGAGGUGAUCAGCGAUGAACACGGCAUCGACCCAACAGGAACCUACCACGGGGACAGCGACUUGCAGCUCGACAGAAUCAGUGUCUACUAUAACGAGGCUACAGGAGGUAAAUAUGUGCCCCGUGCUAUUCUUGUUGACCUGGAGCCUGGCACCAUGGACUCAGUGCGCUCUGGACCCUUCGGACAGAUCUUCAGACCUGACAACUUUGUGUUUGGUCAGAGUGGUGCAGGUAAUAACUGGGCUAAAGGCCACUACACCGAGGGAGCAGAGCUGGUGGACUCAGUCCUGGAUGUGGUGCGUAAGGAGUCUGAGAGCUGCGAUUGCCUCCAAGGCUUCCAGCUCACCCACUCCCUGGGUGGCGGCACCGGAUCCGGUAUGGGCACGCUCCUCAUCAGCAAGAUCCGGGAGGAGUAUCCCGACCGCAUCAUGAACACCUUCAGUGUGGUGCCUUCUCCUAAAGUGUCUGACACGGUGGUGGAGCCCUACAACGCGACGUUGUCCGUGCAUCAGCUGGUGGAGAACACAGACGAGACCUACUGCAUUGACAACGAAGCUCUGUACGACAUCUGCUUCCGCACUCUGAAACUUACCACUCCUACUUACGGCGACCUAAACCACCUCGUCUCCGCUACCAUGAGUGGCGUCACCACCUGCCUCCGCUUCCCCGGGCAGCUCAAUGCUGACCUGCGCAAGCUGGCCGUCAACAUGGUGCCCUUCCCGCGUCUUCACUUCUUCAUGCCUGGUUUCGCACCUCUUACCAGCCGGGGAAGCCAGCAGUACCGCGCUCUCACCGUGCCCGAGCUGACACAGCAGGUAUUCGAUGCCAAGAACAUGAUGGCUGCCUGUGAUCCCCGUCAUGGCCGUUACCUUACCGUAGCCGCCGUCUUCCGCGGCCGCAUGUCCAUGAAGGAGGUGGACGAACAGAUGCUGAACGUGCAGAACAAGAACAGCAGCUACUUCGUGGAAUGGAUCCCCAACAACGUCAAGACGGCCGUGUGUGACAUCCCACCACGAGGCCUCAAGAUGGCCGUCACCUUCAUCGGUAACAGCACAGCCAUCCAGGAGCUGUUCAAGCGCAUCUCUGAGCAGUUCACCGCCAUGUUCCGGCGCAAGGCUUUCCUGCAUUGGUACACCGGAGAGGGCAUGGACGAGAUGGAGUUCACCGAGGCCGAGAGCAACAUGAACGACCUGGUGUCCGAGUACCAGCAGUACCAAGAUGCUACAGCUGAAGAGGAGGGCGAGUUCGAAGAGGAGGGCGAGGAGGUCGCCUAAGAAGCGGAGACGAUUGGGAAAGGGCAGGGGAGUGGGAGCAGGAUUAGUGGUUUUUAAGGGGGUGAAAAAUGUAGCACAGCACAUGCGGAAUCAACCGUAAGUGUCUUGAAGUUAAUGUUAGCACUAGUCAAAUGGGGCCAAAACAACCAGAGGAGUCUUGAACAAAUGUUCUUCAGCACAGAAUAAAAAACACUAGUAGUUAUAGUUAUCCAUUACGAGCGUUAUAUUUCUUUACCGUACCAAUGUCUUCACUUCCUCUCCGAUUCACAGCAGGGAAGAUCUGAUGUGGCCUACUUUCUCUUACCCAGACUAACUUUGAUCCCACCUUAGACAUGAUCUUCAGAUGAGAAAAGCACUGAGACCAGUUUAAGUCUGUGUUUGGGAAACCAGCUAUAUCAAUCUGGCCAAUAAGAUCGUUGCAGGGCUAGACGAAUGCACUCAUGUUCAGUAAGGAUGCUGUGAUGGAGAAGGUAGGAAGCUUCCCUAAAGGUAAUAUGUGUGUUCAGACCCAUCAUUUUUUAUUUUCUGUUUUUUCCCCUUUCUUUUACUUUAGACACUUCCUUUACUGUUUAAACGUACAUCGGAACCCCCAGAACAGAUUCAAGUCAGAAUGAUUCUAAAAGUGUUCGUGUAUUCCUCCUAACGUGGGUGUUGCACUACAACGGGACAACUUUGCACAACGAUGCCACUUCAGCAUGUCCUUAUUCACAGUAUUCAGUCAAAAGGUUUACAAAGAGUGUCAGGCUUUGAUGGAACGAUGGAAGGGAAACGAAAAACAAGGAUGAGACUCGGACAGAGAGCAUUGUUCAGUCUUCCUGCCUGGACGCCAACCAACGUCUGCAGAGAGGGAAGCCUGGACGGCUUCGAUGGAACUAGGAAUGUAGAACGGAUGGUGCGGGAAACUUUAAAUUUUUUCCAAAAGACCGAUUGUAGAACGUUAAUAAGAAAGUAAUGCAGUUUUUUUGACAUAAAUCUAGAGAACACGUGUCGUGUGUCCUGUAUCUGAGCCCAAAGCUUUUAGACUUUUUUUUUUUGGAAGUUUUUUUUUUUUUUGCAUGUUUUUUGUUUCUUUUCGAUCAUGAGGUGUUAAGAAUGUCCCUUACAUUUUAUACUUCAAUUUCCUAAUGGAAGGACCUGAGCCUCUGGGGAAAAAAACAAUAAAAUAAACGUGAAACAUUG